AUGGAAAGUUGGUCAGAUCAGGUCUGCAACUGGUUGCAGGAGACAAAUUUGGGAGACCCGGUUCCUAAAUUUCAUGGUAGACUGGAACCUGGGAACAGAGGUGCUCUCUUGGCAUUCAGUGAUAGGAUGGUCCAACAAUUGAUCAAGAAAAUUGGGCACCAGACAGUGCUAAUGGAUCUGAUUAAAACAUGCAAAGAAUGGACGGGGGAAAAAAACAUGAAACAUGUUUUAGCAAGAUAGCAAGUGCUGGAAUGAACCCAUUCGCAUAUUCUGCCUGUGUUUCCUUAUGAUGUCAAAUGCGUAUUAGCAGAGGGGAAGUACCCUGACCACAGUAUGGAAAUUUGGAUAAUUGAAUUCUUGCAAGCUGACAUGAUAAAGUAUUGUGAUGGAUCGCUGUUUCCAUCCCAACAGUACAACAACAUAGUGAGUUAUUUGCUGCGGGCAUACCCUUUUCUUGAUGAGAAUGAAA